GGACAGACAGGAAAUUCAGAAGGGACCCUUGACCCCACAAAGGCAACCGUGGUUAAUUGCUAGGCCGCCAACAAGCAUUGCAUUUCAGGGCAAGGAGCAGAGAGAGAGACGUGCGGUUUUGGAAAGUUCUGUGAGGAAAACGUACCCCCCCCCUCCUUUUUGGCUCAUGCAGACUUGGAGGCUGGAGGUUGUUAUUAAUAACAUUUUUGGUAUGCGUGAGUCUGCUCGGGCCGGACAGAGUGUUUAUACAGUUUUUCUGGAUGAAACUCUGAAGAAGAAGGGAAGGAGAGUCUACAAAGAGGGGGUAAAACAAUGGACCUGUUGUUCUGCUUAGUGGCUGCCUUUCUGGUUGCAGAGGCUCGAGCCUGCCCAGAGGUCUGUGUCUGCGUGGCAAGGAAGAACUACAGCCGACAUAUAGCAGACUGCUCUUACCAAGACCUCCAUGCCGUCCCUACCAGCUUACCCUCCAAUACCACAACCCUGACAUUGUCUGUCAAUCACAUCACCUCCCUCGGGGAAAACUCCUUCAAGGGCCUUGUGAGUCUACAGGGGCUGUGGCUGACCUACAAUGACAUCAGCCACGUCGGGAAGGGGACCUUUGGUUCCCUGGCACCGCUGAAGAACCUGGACCUCAGCCACAACCAGAUGAUGGACUUCCCCUGGUGGGACCUGCAAAACCUCACCGCUCUGGAAUUGCUGAAGUUGAGCAACAACCGGUUGGAGAAGGUUCCCUUGGAGGCCUUCUCCACGCUGAAGCACCUGAGGUCUCUCUGGCUCAAUGACAACAGGCUGACUGUCCUCUUCGAGGGGACUUUUGACUCAACGCCUUUCCUGUCCUUGCUGCAGAUCAACAACAAUCCGUUCAAUUGCUCCUGUAAGGUCUGGUGGCUGAAGCAGUGGAUCGAGAGUUCUUCAGUCUCCACCCCAGAGAAGGACUCCAUCAUGUGUGACAGUCCUAAGAACUUGAAAGGUCUCACCCUUGGAAGAAACCUGAAUCUGGAUUGCUCGCUCCCGUCUGUGCAGCUGACGUACCAAUCCAGCCUCGACAACUCUGUCUUGCACGACGGACUCAGUCUUCUGUUGGAUUGCAGGGCGGUGGGUAAGCCGCAGCCGGAGAUCAGGUGGAAAAUCCAGGCGUCCGGUCAAACCGUCGCGAUCAACGGGCCAAACGUAGACGAGGAAGGGGACAACUGGCUUGCAGGCGCAAGAUCCGAGGAGAGCCCGGAGCAUUUUCUGGUCUUCAAGAAUGGCUCCAUGGCCAUCUCGAAGUUCAGCAAAGCAGACGAAGGCGUCUACACCUGCCAGGCUGUCAAUGACGUCGGGUCUCGGGAGGUCUCGGUCAACGUGGCUUUGAGCAGCUCGGAAAACUUUGCGCACGAUCUCCAGAACAACAUCCAAGCCAGCAAGCCCCGAGACAAGUCCUGUGAUAUGGAGGAGCUUCCCAAGUCUGAAGAAAAGAUCGUGGUCAUCUACCUUACGCCCACAGUAUCAAAGACUACCACCAACAGAGGAAUCCUUUGGGAGCCCUGGCUGUGGGGCAGCAUGUUUGCGGUUCUCUUGCUUGGUUUGUAUACUUAACACACCUGUUAUCCUUUCAUCAAAUGUAUGAACAUAGUCCUGGACUACGGAGGUGGAAAACUGAGACAUACCUUUCAAAUCACAGCAGGUUUUUUUCAUCAGUUACACUAGCCAGCUGCCAAGUUUAUCGUACCCAGCGCCUAUAUGUUCUCAAACACGCAUGCCAUUAGCAGUCUGCACUAAAAGGUGGUGAACUGAAACCCAGAAUUCCGUUUUUUUAAUACAUUCUUGUUCCAGUUACAAAGCAAACAAAAGAACCAAAUUUUAAAAAACAAAUAAAGGUAAAAGUUUCCCCUUCAGUCGUAUCUGACCCUGGGGUACCACUGCGAGCAGUGAUUUCAUAGGCAAGCCAUU